AUGUCUAUUCUAGCACGCCCCCCAAAGCGGAAACUACACGAGGUCGAGACGCUAGAAGAUGGCUCUCGAAAUUAUAGUCCCAGUGGGCUCGCAACGCCCGUCAUCUCCAUGUCUCGGCCACCUUCUCGUCGGUCGAGCGAGCACCGAGAAGCAUCCGACUCACAUUCGCUGCCGUCCUUGCGGGAACUUCACUCCAAUCGCGGAUCGCCCGUUAUGUUCGAGAACAGUCACCUCCAGACCCAUCGUACCUUCAGUCCGAAGGCAUCCAUCGUCUUGAUCGGAAUCCGCGGAACGGGCAAGUCGAGUCUCGCGGUCAUCCUCGCCGCGACCUCCGGCCGGCGCUUGAUCGAUGCAGACCGCUACUUCCAACAAAUUGUCGGAUGUUCUCGUGCUGCUUUCAAGAAGGAGAACGAUGGCUUUGUGUAUCGACACCAGGAGGCGCGGGUCAUGGAGUCGAUGCUGGCGGACAACCAAGAGGGAUGCGUGAUAGCGUGUGGGGCUGGAUCGAUGGAGCGCAACGGGCAAAGACUUCUCAGGGAGUACGCCCAAACACAUCCAGUGAUACACGUCAUUCGGGACCCAGAAAGCAUCCAGUCUUACCUCAAGGCUUGGGAUACACAAAAGGUCCGCCACUUCCUCGAGAUAUCCGGUCCGAUCUACCGAGGCUGUUCCAAUCUUGAGUUCUUCAAUCUCUCGGAGACCAGAGGUGACAACGUGGACAAGGACGAUGACAAUGCCUCGCCAGCUCAUAAAAUCGAACCCCGGUCACAUACCCCCAUCCCGUUCCUGACUCUAAAAAGAGUCCAACGGGAUUUCCUUCGGUUCAUUGCGUUCAUCACUGGCGACAUCGCAGAACUGAACAGUCAACAUGCAUCUUUCCCACUUUCGCUGCUACCCGUGGAGUCUCGGACGUACACAUCUGCGGUCUCUGUUCCGCUCUCUAAGCUGGGCGAGAAAGGUAUCGACAUUGAGGAGCUAGAGUUCACUGUCGAUGCUUUCGAGCUGGCAAUCGACGUCGCAGACCCUUCGGCUCAGCCGGAACUGGACUCAAAUAUCGCAGACAGCAUCAGUCAAGCCGUGGCAACCAUUCGCCGUAAUAUCAUCGUCCCCCUGAUCUACCAUGUCGAAAGUUAUACCACUCCUGGCAGCACCUCAUCACCCACCCGCGCUCCUGUACGGUGUACCGACGAGAAUUAUCUGAACCUCGUUCGGCAUGGGCUACGCCUCUCUACAGGAUUCCUCACUGUGGACCUUACUCGUGAUGAUCACAUUAUAUCCCAGAUCAUUUCCGCAAGUGGUCGUACUCGAAUCAUCGGGCACUUCGAAGCCUUCCAACCUUUGCCAGGAGGCUGGGAUGGAGAUGAAUAUAUGAAAGUCUACGAACGGGCCAAACGACUGGGAUGUGACGUUGUGCGGCUAUUCCAGCCCGCUGAAUCUGCGGAAGAUAAUCUGGCGGUGCAGCGAUUCCGCCAUCGAGUGCAAAGUUUGCCCGUUUCGGGGCUUCCUUUAAUUGCCUACAACACAGGCCCUCUCGGCCGCAUGUCUCGCUGUUUCAAUCCAAUCCUCACCCCUGUCACACAUCCAUCUUUGGUUACUCAACCGUCAAACCAAUUACGUUCAAAUAUCACAGCCCGUGAAGCACAGCAGGCACUCUACAGCUCCUUUGCGUUAGAUCCUAUGCAGUUCUUUGUCUUCGGUGCAAAUACUACAUACAGUAUGUCACCAGCGAUGCACAAUACAGCAUUCAAAAUAUGUGGCUUGCCGCAUAAGUAUUCGAUCCACCAAUCGCCCACUUUGCGUGGGUUGAACGAUCUAGUCGAGAAUCAAUACUUCGGCGGAUCCAGUGUCAGUCUUCCAUACAAGACUGAGUGCAUUCCCCUACUUCAUUCAAUGUCUACCCACGCCCGCGCCAUUGGCGCCAUCAAUACCCUCAUUCCUAUCCGAAACUUCAGUGACACCAACAACCUCCUUCUACAAGAAUCAUCAGUCUUCCUUGAAAAGAGCCACGCAGGCCCCAUCAAGGGUCUUCAUGGUGACAACACCGAUUGGAUUGGUAUUUGCAAUUGUAUUCGCCGAGGUCUGUCACCUGCAAACGCGGUUCGGCCAUCAUCUACCGGCCUCGUCAUCGGAUCUGGUGGAAUGGCUCGUGCUGCGAUCUACUCAAUGAUCCAUCUCGGCAUACAGAAUAUCUUUGUCCACAAUCGUACCCUCGCCAACGCAGAGAAGCUGGCACAUCAUUAUAACCGACAAGACCUCCACCCCAAAGAGGCGCAUGGAUCUGGACGUCCCACGGUCCGCAUCAUUGCUUCACUCUCAGACCCCUGGCCUGCCGAUUUCAAGCAACCCACUGUUGUAGUCUCGUGUAUUCCAGCUCACAGCAUUGGCGGUCAGCCAGCACCGAACUUCCACAUGCCCACGCAAUGGCUGGAAAGCCCGACAGGUGGUGUUAUCAUUGACCUGGCAUACAAACCCUUGAACACCCCUCUCAUGAAACAAACUCGCGCCCUAUCCCAUCGUGGGUGGGUAGCAUUGGAUGGUCUUGACGUCCUCCCCGAACAAGGUUUUGCUCAAUUCGAAUUAUUCACAGGCCGCCGUGCGCCUCGUCGCGUCAUGCGGAGUAUCGUGCUCCAGGAAUACAAGGACGACGAAGGAAAUGAUGACCAUGACGCGAUUCAAGACCGCCUACAGCAGAUGGACGGGCAGCCAAGCUGA